UCCCAAAAGGUUGCACAAGCAUAUGCUCAACAACAUAGAAGACAAGAGCCAGAUUCUAAGUCAGUGAGAGUUCAGGAGACCACUGUUAAAUGCAAAAGAAGAGCUGCUUUGUUGCCUACUAGACAACACCAUGAGCAAGAACAGAACACAUUGCAAAAGCGUUCAAAGGGAAAACCAUCUUUGUGUUGUAAGGCACUUCAUUUUACUAAUGAUUCUUCUUUUGAAGUGGAUAUUGGAAGAAUAGAUAUCAAAUGUCAUUAUUGUGGUGCAUUAUAUUUUCAAGAAGAACAAACUGGUGGAGACUUGAACCAGUUUAUAUCUUGCUGUCAUAAGGGUGCUGUUGUGCUGCCACUCUUUUUGAAUUUCAUGAUGUGCUAA